AUGGAGUCCACUGUCAACAGCAGCAAUGCUGUACACACCUUUCAUCCCUGCUAUGACUUUGAUAACGGGAUUUAUAUAUUUACAACUAACCCUUCUAUUAUUUGUGUAAUUUUAUAUAUUUUUCUUGGCUCAUUGUCUGCUCUCACUGUGAGUGGAAACCUGCUUGUAAUAUUCUCUAUCAUUUAUUUCAAACAGCUUCAAACUCCGACCAACUACCUCAUCCUGUCUUUGGCUGUCACUGACCUGCUAGUUGGAGUUUUAGUGUUUCCUUUCAGUAUGAUGUUCUCUGUCAGCGUGUGUCUGCACCAUGAGAAUUUAUUUUGCAAAAUACGGGAUAGUUUUGACGUUACAUUGUGCACAUCCUCAAUUCUGAACUUGUGCUGCAUUUCCAUAGACAGAUAUUACGCUGUGUGUGAACCUCUGACUUACAAGACAAAAAUAAAUACUCAGGUGACUGUGGUUAUGAUUCUAGUGAGCUGGGUGAUCUCGGCUCUAAUUGGAAUUGGCAUUACUGUUGCAGGAUUCAGCCAAGGUACUUGUGAAGGAACGUGCUCAUCUGAAAUUAUAGUGGCCAACACAAUGGGGCCUGUUUUCUCUUUUUAUCUCCCUGCAGUCCUAAUGCUCUGUAUUUACUUAAAGAUUUUCAUUGUUGCACAGAAACAAGUGCACAGCAUCCAGAACACAAAUGGUCUCGGUACAAAGUUUGGAGCCGCUGUUAGCAGGAUGGAGAGAAAGGCCACCAAAACUCUGGCUAUUGUUAUGGGGAUUUUUCUUAUAUGUCUCACCCCAUACUUUUUUUGUGUUGUCUUCCAGCCUUUAUUUUAUAGUCCGCCACCAGCCCCUGUGAUUGAAACACUCAACUGGCUCACUCUUUCAAAUUCAAUGCUGAAUCCUUUAAUUUACUCUUUUUUCUACAGCUGGUUUCGAUCAGCUUUCAGAAUGGUCAUUUCUGGAAAAAUAUUCCACUGGGGCGUGGCCUGUGCUCCUUUUAAGCGCACACCUGCAGAGCUGAAUGCAGAGCUGAAUGCAGAGCUGAGCUAUGUGGAGCUGCAGACUGAGCUGAGGAGAGCUGUGUGGCUGGUGACGGCUCUGAGGUUCAACGCUCUGUGGCUUAUGUGGAUUUUUCAUGCUGCACCUAUCCUGACGGUCUGCUGCUGCUACUCUCAUCCGGCGUGCCUCACGGGAGAGAGGACACUGGGGGCGUGGCCUGUGCUCCUUUUAAGCGCACACCUGGAAGCUGCACCGGCAGAGCUGAAUGUGGUGCUGCACACAGAGCUGAAUGCAGAGCUGAAUGCAGAGGUGCACGGAGGACACGACGGUGGUCGAGGGAACCAGACCACAGACUUCAGAGGGUCCAGCUUGAGCAAUGAAGUAGGAAGCAGUGUCCAUAUGGAAAGGGAAGAGCUGAUCAGAAGGCUUGAUUUUCUGGAGAAGUCUAGUGUCAAAGUGUCUUCCCUGGUGACAGACCGACACAUGCAGGUUCAAAAGUUCAUCUGGGAACAUAAACCAGACAUUGACCACUUUUAUGUCUGGCAUUUAUGUAAAGUCCUCAGCUCUCACAAAGAAGGUUGGCCCGAUGUGGCUAAUCGGGAGGAUCUGGACUUCUCCCGGUAG